CUGCAGACAGUUCGCGGGACCAAACCCCCAGUUCAGCAAAAAAGGAGCGAGACCACUCUCCGUCGGGUCGAAUUGACUCCUUCAUUUUACACCUUUUUAAUUUUUCUAAUUUUCCCGUUCCCCCGCGCGGUGCGCAAAUAUGGUUCUCGCCGCGCGUUGCGGGCAGGCUACGUCCGCUCUUUUGCGGCAGCGCUGUCUGGCCGAUUCCCGCCGCUCCGCCCUCUCUCUGCGCGCUUUCUCCUCCCAGACGACGACCGUCCGGUCCACGGCGGCGAACCUGCGGUUGCAGCAGAAGACUGCCUCGCCAUGGCGCCCCCAGCAGCUGCGCUCGUUCUCCAGCGCUCUGCGUCGUCUGGCUUCUGAGGCUCCCUCCGCUGAGAGCUACCUCGCUAGCGGUGCCGUUAAGCCUAGCAGCGGUCUUGUCGAUGUCAAGAAGGUGCUCGUCAUCGGUAGUGGUGGUCUGAGUAUUGGCCAGGCUGGUGAAUUUGAUUACUCGGGUUCCCAAGCCCUGAAGGCCCUCAAGGAAGCCGGUGUCGAAUCGGUCCUCAUCAACCCCAACAUCGCGACGAUCCAGACCGAUCACAAGCUCGCCGAUCAAGUUUACUAUCUCCCCGUCACCCCGGAGUACGUGAGCUACGUCAUUGAGCGCGAGCAGCCCGAUGGCAUCUUCCUCUCCUUCGGUGGUCAGACCGCCCUGAACUUGGGUGUGCAGAUGAACCGCAUGGGUCUCUUCGAGCGCCAUGGUGUCCGUGUCCUGGGUACCAGCAUCAAGACCCUGGAGACCAGCGAGGAUCGUGACCUUUUCGCCAAGGCCUUGAACGAGAUCGAUAUCCCCAUCGCCGAGUCCAUUGCCGUCGGUACCGUCGACGAGGCCCUGCAGGCCGCCGAGUCCGUCGGCUACCCCAUCAUCGUUCGCUCUGCGUACGCUCUGGGUGGUCUGGGUUCCGGUUUCGCCAACAACCCCGAGGAGUUGAAGAACUUGUCGUCGCGCUCCUUGACCCUGUCGCCUCAGAUCCUGGUCGAGAAGUCUCUGCGAGGCUGGAAGGAGGUCGAGUAUGAGGUUGUUCGGGACGCCGCCAACAACUGCAUCACGGUCUGCAACAUGGAGAACUUCGACCCCCUGGGUAUCCACACCGGUGACAGUAUCGUCGUUGCCCCCAGUCAGACUCUGUCCGACGAGGAGUACCACAUGCUGCGUACCGCUGCCAUCAAGAUCGUGCGCCACCUUGGUGUCGUCGGUGAAUGCAACGUCCAGUACGCGCUGCAGCCCGAUGGCCUGGACUACCGUGUCAUUGAGGUCAACGCGCGUCUCUCGCGUUCGUCUGCCCUGGCCUCCAAGGCGACCGGUUACCCCCUGGCCUACACGGCCGCCAAGAUCGGCCUGGGCCACAACCUCCCCGAGCUGCCCAAUGCCGUGACCAAGACCACCACUGCCAACUUCGAGCCCAGUCUGGACUACAUCGUCACCAAGAUCCCCCGGUGGGAUCUGAGCAAGUUCCAGCAUGUCAACCGCGACAUCGGUAGCGCCAUGAAGUCCGUCGGUGAGGUUAUGGCCAUUGGCCGUACCUUCGAGGAGUCUAUCCAGAAGGCCAUCCGCCAGGUUGACCCUCGAUUCCUCGGUUUCCAGGGUGAUCACUUCGAGAACCUCGACGACGUCCUGAAGAACCCCACCGACCGCCGUUGGUUGGCCGUCGGCCAGGCCAUGCUCCACGAGGGCUACUCCGUGGACAAGGUCCACGAGCUGUCCAAGAUCGACAAGUGGUUCCUGUACAAGCUGCAGAACAUCGUUGACUGCCACCACGAGCUCAAGGAGAUCGGCAGCCUCUUCGGCGUCCAGCACGAGACCAUGCUGAAGGCCAAGAAGCUCGGAUUCUCCGACAAGCAGAUCGCGCUCCUGGUCGGCUCGUCUGAGGACGAUGUCCGCGCCCGCCGUACCAGCUUCGGUAUCCGCCCGUGGGUGAAGAAGAUUGACACCCUGGCUGCUGAGUUCCCCGCCGACACCAACUACCUCUACACCACCUACAACGCCUCCUCUCACGACGUUAGCUUCGAUGAUCACGGAAUCAUCAUCCUCGGCAGCGGUGUGUACCGUAUCGGUAGCUCCGUCGAGUUUGACUGGUGUGCGGUCAACGCCACUCUGUCCCUGAAGAACAUGGACAAGAAGACGGUCAUGAUCAACUACAACCCCGAGACCUACUCCACUGAUUUCGACACCGCCGACAAGCUGUACUUCGAGGAGCUCAGCUACGAGCGUGUCAUGGAUAUCUACGAGCUCGAGGCCGCUAGCGGUGUCGUCGUCUCUGUCGGUGGCCAGCUGCCGCAGAACAUUGCCCUCCGCCUGCAGGAGACUGGCGGUGCUCAUGUGCUGGGUACCAACCCCAAGGACAUCGACAACGCCGAGGACCGUCACAAGUUCUCGCAGAUCCUGGACAGCAUCGGUGUUGACCAGCCCGCCUGGAAGGAGCUUACUUCCGUGGCCGAGGCCGAGCGCUUCGCCGACUCUGUUGGCUACCCCGUGCUGGUCCGUCCCAGUUACGUCCUGUCCGGUGCGGCCAUGAACGUCAUCUACAGCCAGGAUGAGCUCAAGGAGAAGCUUCUGAAUGCCAGCGCUGUCUCGCCUGACCACCCCGUCGUGAUCACCAAGUUCAUCGAGGGUGCUGAGGAGAUCGACGUCGACGGUGUUGCCUCGAACGGCAAGCUGAUCCUGCACGCUGUCAGUGAGCACGUUGAGCCCGCCGGUGUGCACUCUGGUGACGCCACCCUCGUCCUCCCCCCCGCCAACCUGGACGAGUCCAUCAUGGCCCGCGUCAAGGAGAUCGCCGAGAAGGUUGCCAAGGCCUGGAACAUCACCGGUCCCUUCAACAUGCAGAUCAUCAAGGCCGACCAGGAGGGCGCCCAGCCCGAGCUGAAGGUCAUCGAGUGCAACCUGCGUGCUUCUCGUUCGUUCCCCUUCGCCUCCAAGGUUCUGGGCACCAACUUCAUCGAUGUUGCCACCAAGGCCCUGGUUGGCCGUGACGUCCCCGAGCCCACCGACCUGAUGACCACCAAGCGUGACUACCUGGCCACCAAGGUGCCCCAGUUCAGCUGGACCCGUCUGGCUGGUGCCGACCCCUUCCUGGGCGUCGAGAUGGCCAGUACCGGUGAGAUUGCCUGCUUCGGUAAGGACCUCGUCGAGGCCUACUGGGCUUCCCUGCAGUCGACCAUGAACUUCCGUGUGCCUGAGCCCGGUGAGGGUAUCCUGCUUGGCGGCGACAUCGCCAACCCCGCUCUGGUCCAGAUCGUCGAGUACCUCAACCCUCUGGGCUUCAAGUUCUUCGCUGCCAGCCCCGAGGUCAAGGCUCACAUCGAGUCCACCGCCAAGGACGCUUCCGUGCAGGUCAUCGAGUUCCCCAAGAAGGACAAGCGUGCUCUCCGUGAGGUGUUCCAGAAGUACAACAUCCACGGUACUUUCAACCUCGCCAAGACCCGGGGCAAGACCCUGGUCGACGAGGACUACGUCAUGAGACGUAACGCCGUUGACUUUGGCGUGCCUCUCUUCAUGGAGACCAAGACUGCUCUCCUCUUCGCGCAGGCUAUGAGCCAGAAGCUGCCUCGCCCCGAGGGUAUCCCCUCCGAGGUCCGCAGCUGGUCCGACUUCGCCGGCACCAAGAUGAUGUAAACAAAAGCAAAGAAAAAGUGUUUAUUAUUCCCUUAUAGAUAUAAUCAUCGGCGAUUUACUGUUGUUCUCGGUUUCGAAAGACCGCCUU